AUGUCUCUAUAAAUACGUAUGCCCACGACCACCGCAUAACCUCCAGGGCCACCAGUUUUUAAGAGCCCCACACUUUUGCCUUUCUUUUCAACUGUCAAAAAGCUAAAAGCAUCAGUACCUAACAGAACAUCCCUCGUGAUUCCAAACCCCUCUCUCUCUCUCUCUCAAAUCUUUUCUCAUGAAAGUAGACCGCAAAAUUACCGGCAACUCCGAAGGUGAGAUGUGCAAGACAAUCGAAGUGGCGCCGGUUGACCACCGUGAUCUCUCUCCACCGUCUCCAGCCUUCUUAUCUUCUCCGGUCGUCGGAGAUGACCUUACCUUUAUUCCUCCGUUAAACUUUGCUAUGGUUGAUAAUGGCAUCUUCAGGUCCGGCUUUCCUGACUCUGCUAACUUCUCCUUCCUCCAGACGCUUGGACUUCGCUCUAUCAUAUGUAUGUGCCCUGAGCCUUAUCCGGAGCAAAACAAUGAUUUUCUUAAUGCCAAUGGGAUUAGACUUUUUCAGUUUGGGAUUGAAGGUUAUAAGGAGCCUUUUGUAAACAUCCCAGAGGAUGUGAUUCGUGAAGCAUUAAAAGUUGUCCUUGAUGUGAGGAAUCACCCAGUUCUGAUACAUUGUAAACGAGGGAAGCACCGAACUGGUUGUGUAGUGGGUUGCUUGAGAAAACUGCAAAGAUGGUGCCUAUCAUCCAUAUUCGACGAGUACCAGAGGUUUGCAGCAGCCAAGGCAAGGGUUUCGGACCAAAGGUUCAUGGAGUUGUUUGACGUUUCUAGCUUAAGGCAUGUCCCGAUGCCAUUUUCAUGCUCGAAGAGAUAAAACUCAGACUGUAAUGGGAUUUUGGUUUUUUCUUUGUUAGCGGAAGGGAAUCCCAAGGUCCUGCUUUGAAAUAAAUAGGAAUGGUGGUGAGUUCCUGGUUGCAAUUACUGUGAAAAAGGGAAUCAUUAUUAUUUUUAAUUCCAAGCUGAGGGUAAUAAGGAGCCAUAUAAAUUGGAAUUUCCUGCACAUGCAGCAGCAGCAGCAACAACAACUAGUGCAUUAGACGCAUCCUGAUUUAUUCUUGAAAUUUUUAGUUAGCUGUUCCAUGCGUUCACAUAUGAUUCAAGAUUGCUUCUCUGUUAUUUUGGCCUUGCGGCUUAACUGUACUCAUGAAUCUUGAGUAGCAUCAGAGUCAAAUAUAGGUGGAUAACCUUUGUGCAUGUAUUAUGUAUUUUCAUAAAUCAAUCGUUCACAGGUUUUCAA